CAUGUGGCCUUUUUAAAUAUGUAUUUGAGACAGAGUGAAUGUAGAAACUGAAAAUGCCUGGAAGAUUGCUGGUUUCUGUUACUACCUGUCCAGCCUUUUUGCAUCAGCACCUGAUUUGGAUGAUGUGAUAUUCCGAGGGACACCUUCCUUGAAGUUGUUAUUCCGUGAGUUGCCUCUGGCGGGAGGUGGUAGACACGAUUCAAGAUGGCCAGUCAGCCGCCAGACGAGGCGGCAGAGGCUCAGGUCUCUGAUGAGCUCGAGUGUAAGAUCUGUUAUAAUCGGUACAAUCUGAAGCAGAGGAAACCCAAAGUGCUGGAGUGUUGUCACAGGGUUUGUGCCAAAUGCCUCUACAAGAUCAUCGACUUUGGGGACUCGCCGCAAGGUGUCAUCGUCUGUCCUUUCUGCAGGUUUGAGACCUGCCUGCCAGAUGAUGAAGUCAGUAGCCUGCCCGAUGACAACAACAUCCUGGUAAACUUGACUUGUGGAGGCAAAGGCAAGAAGUGCCUGCCAGAAAACCCCACCGAGCUGCUGCUGACCCCCAAGAGGCUGGCGUCCCUGGUCAGUCCCUCUCACACUUCCUCCAACUGCCUGGUCAUAACCAUCAUGGAGGUGCAGAGAGAGAGCUCCCCGUCUCUGAGCUCCACUCCCGUGGUAGAAUUUUAUAGGCCUGCGAGUUUCGACUCUGUUACCACUGUGUCACACAACUGGACGGUGUGGAACUGUACGUCCCUGCUCUUUCAGACGUCUAUCCGGGUGUUGGUUUGGCUGCUGGGCUUGCUCUACUUCAGCUCCUUGCCCUUAGGGAUCUACUUACUGGUGUCUAAGAAAGUCACUCUUGGGGUCGUCUUUGUCAGCCUCGUCCCUUCAAGCCUUGUCAUUCUCAUGGUGUAUGGUUUUUGCCAGUGCGUUUGUCACGAAUUUCUAGACUGUAUGGCACCUUCUUCUUAAUUAAUAUGCAGACUAAGAAAUUUGACACACGUUGCCAUCUUUGAAGUUAGGUAAUUUAUCAUUUAUUUAUUUUAUAUUCUUAGUGAUUAGUGUCCAUGACAUUAACAAGGCC